CUACAGGGCACUGUCUGCAUAAUAUGAUCAGAGCUUCCAACGGGAUUUUAGGGGCUUUCACUUCCAAGUAAAUGGCCAUCAUAAAAAGAUAAAGAAUGAGCCGAGAUCCUGAGUGGAUCAAGGGCGGAUCAUGCCCCCAAACGGGGAAUUUAUUGUCAAGCUUCAUACAUUAUCCAUUCAGGAGCAAAUCUGGCCACUUGAUUUUCCACUUUAGAGCUCCCUCCGCUCAUCCCAUUUCAAUCGUCACGCGUCGCGUAGUGCGUCUACUUCUAAUCCUGGCUCUUUUCCCAGGCAACCUUCGACAUGCAUAUUCAAUACCACGAUCCUUCGGCCAUCCGUUCCAUAGACCAAGACGAACACAUUAAGCAUGACAAGACAGACGCAGCGUCGUUCUCGACCCUUGCUCCAUUCUUUUGGGACGAAAAGGAGGCUGAAGAUCAGGCGAUUACUCGAGAGAUCAGAGACGAUGUCUCGGCCUUCACCCGUGUAACGGACCUCUUAUCCUUGGAAGAGACCGCCGAGUUCCGACACGUGUUUAUCAAGGUACAACUAAGUAGUACGAGCAGGAACGUGAGUCAGCGCCUUAGGGACGAGACCAACAUGGAAUUCCUUGACACUCCAUUUAUGCUCACACGGGAUCGACAAACACUCUACAUCAAUGAGCCAGCUCGACUAAGGGCCGGGGAUCACUAUUACAUGAGUUAUCGCUUCGAGCCUGAAGGCAAAAACCAAUCCCUAGCCAAGACAGUGAUGGUGGAGAUAACGGUGAAGAAGAGUAGUGUCCAAAUAGAUUGUGCGGGCGAAUUGGGUUCGGAAAUUCUUUGCUCCGAGUACAACCUUGAGGAAGAAUGUGUGGCUUCUUGUGGUGCGGGUUCCACUCAUCCUGCCGCUCAUUGUCAAUGGGUACAGGAAAACAGAGAGAACGGGUCAAGCUACUCCACGUGUUCCAUUGAUCCAGUGACAUGUCCAGAUCUGAGAUGCGACUUUUUGGAAGCAAGGUCUGGCCUGUGCCCUCAAGAUUGUGUCGACCCAGCUCACGUGUACGGCAUGCCUCGACUAAGUGGGUCAUCCGAAGGGCCUGGUUUGGGGAUUCUACCCCAAGACAUGCAAGAUCUCAUUUGCACUUGUGCAGGGGAUUCUUGUUCUUGCAUGGGCCCCAAUUCAACUUACUCUCUUUGGGACGAGAGGCAUCGCAUGGAUGACGAGGAGUCCUUUCUACUUGGGCAUGGCAAGGCCUUACGAGAUCAAGUGGACGAUGAUUUCUUUUGCGGCGAGUCUUGUCUCAUGUGGUUAUCUGCGGUUGGAUGCGUUGUCAUUAUGGUUGUACCAGUGGCAGCCAUUUUUUUCUACAGGCAAAGGUACACAUCGCACAAACUGAACAGACUCCCCAAACCCAUGUCUCCUUCACUUGACACUCCCUUCUUGCGAUCGGGGUUGGAUUAUGGGAUGAGUGUGGGUGCUUCAUCCAGCGCCAACACCGCCACGACCUCCAUCACGGCCAGUGCCACCAUGCUUAUGACGAGGGACCCAUUUGAUUUCGAUGCACCCGCAAUCCCACCGGUGGACGCCAAAUGGGAAUUUCCCCGACGAGAUCUUGUUUUGGAGGAGAUCAUUGGCGAAGGAGAAUUUGGAAAAGUGAUGCGAGCGAGGGCGUUCUUUCGGAAUGGCGAUGAUGUGGAAUCUCGUCUGGUGGCAGUGAAGAUGCUGAAAUCCAACUACAGUCAAGAGGAACUUCAUGAUCUGAUCUCUGAAUAUGCUCUCUUGAAAGAAGUGAAUCAUCCCAACGUCAUCCGGCUUCUUGGGGCGUGCACAACUCGCGGGGGCCCCCUUAGUAUUAUAAUGGAAUAUGCCGAACACGGAUCACUGAGAAAUUUCUUGAGGGCCUCACGUGGCUUGCUUGAAGAUGCAAACAAAUCUCGACCUUCGGCAUCGAAUUCCUACUCGCCCUCGUCUUCAUCCGGUUACAUUGAAAGGCCUUCCCUGAGCUCCGGUGAAAUUCUCUCAUUCGCGUGGCAAAUUGCCAAGGGCAUGAACUAUUUGACCCAAAUGAAGUUGGUCCACAGGGAUUUAGCUGCGCGCAAUGUCUUGGUGGGUGAAGGCCGUGUUUGCAAGGUUUCGGAUUUCGGACUCACCAGGGAUGUGUAUGUUGACGAGACCUAUUGGAAGAAAAGCAAUGGACGAAUCCCCGUGAAAUGGUUGGCUCCCGAGAGCUUGAAGGAUCAUCUGUAUACCACCAAGAGCGACGUGUGGAGCUUCGGGGUGUUGCUGUGGGAACUGGUCACUCUGGGUAGCUCACCCUAUCCCGGAGUCCCGCCCGAACGGAUUCUCAUUCUUCUCAACGAAGGAUUCCGCAUGGAAAGACCUCAAUCUUGUUCCAUGGAAUUAUAUGAUGUUAUGACCCGGUGCUGGAAUGAUAACCCAGAUGAGCGCCCUUCGUUUGAGGAAUUGAUCGAUUGGCUCGAAUCUCUGCUACAAACCAAUACCAAUUACUUGGAUCUCAGUCCCAUGCUUGUCAGCAAUCCGGCUUACCUUGAACCCAUUCGCAAAGAUUCGCUAUCAUCCCUCCCAUCAUUGCAUUUUGAGAGCGAUUCCCCCAUUCAAGAGCAAGUACCGUUGUUGUCGCUCUCCGAGUUAUUUGAAGGUGACCCCAUUCCGUUUCAAGAGCCACCCGAGGUUCCCAAGCCACCCAUGAGGGUGAUCCCCAAUCCCAAGCCAUCCGUAACUUGGCUUGAUUUCAAAACUUUGGAUUCGUUAAAUCAAGAACCGUUGUCGCCGUCAACUCCAGAAGAUCCCGAGGCAUCCCAGCCUCUCGAUCAACAUCAGCAUUACUCACAGUUAUUGGCAGGCGAAGGGGAUCAGCAAUCUUAUUGUCAAAAUGAAAUGGAUAUUCCCUUCGUGGACUUUGAGGACAAUACCCACGAUAUCAUGAAUCCUCAAACGGUGGUUGCGGGAAUGCCUCAAAAUAUCAUUACCACCCUGGAUGCCUUGGAUGAAGACUCUCCUAACGGAUAUCGAAGACUGAAUCGUCAAUUUUCCACCGAAGUCAGUCCACAAACGCAAUCUAACCUUCCCUCGUCAGGUUAUAUGCGGUUUGAUCCAACUGGGCUAAAUGCCAAGAAUCUAAACCCAGGCUCGUAUUGUCGGCAGUCGGAAGUAUCAGCUCUCUAAUUUGAACAAGUUCACACACCAAUACUAUCCAUCAUUGUCAUUGCCUUCAUUGGUUUGGUUCUGGCUUCCGAGACCGAGAAUUUGAUGGAACGCUGUGUCCCCUCAUUGUUAAGUUCGCUCCAAUUGUGUUGUGCUUGUCCUCCUCCGAUCCCCUUGUAUGUAAAGCUUUAGAGGAUUCUGAAUUCAGGCGUAAACUAAUGCUCACUCGUCCCCAUUAGUAUGACGAAAAUAUGUUCGGCAAUAAUGGAUUGCUGAACAGAUGAGCGACGCUUGAUUCAUUUUUUUAACAAAAGAAGACAUCAGGGGUUCAGAGGCCUUCAAAGGCAAGACGUGAUGAUUUCAAGUACUGGCGGGUAGAGAGCUGAAUUGGGAACCCAAUGGCAGAGAAACGUGGAUGAUCUUGAAAACGUAAAAUGCGAGUAAAAGGUGUUAAAAAGUAGAACUGAACCAGUUUGCUUCACGUUAAAAAAUUUCCCUUGCGGUUUGUAAAAGUUCCAGUUAUGACCUGUAUCGGCUAAGGUGGCAUUCAGUUGAAGCCGACAAUGAGGAUAGCAUAUCAUAAUAUCGUUAUUACCUAUGUAUUGAGACAAUGACCAGUAAUUGAAAUACCCACAAAUCUAUUCACUUUGACCCAAUUUUGUCUCUUUUCAAUUGGAUCAUCAGGUUGUUGGAAUGGAAUCUAAUCAUGACAAACUUUGCGAUAUGACAAAGAGAUGAUCCAUUCGAUUCGAUUUGAUUGUUUCCGUUUUUAACAACUAUUUCGUGUUGGAUGUUGCCGUUGUUUUCAUCGUGAGUCUUUCUAAUGGUAAACUUUUGCCCUCUGUACACAAGAUGCUGCUUGUAUCUUAAGGCUGUGAUCCAAGUUGUAACUUUGGUAAAGACAAGGCUAACCAUUUAUUCCGUCUGCACCUUCACCAUAGAGUACCAGUCAAACGUCAAAUACAGUCCCAGAUUCUUGUUCAUCCAUAUGCAUAAAUACGAGUACAAUACAUGUUUAAUCGUUUCUUA